AUGUCGAAGGCCAAAAAACACAAUCUCGACCCCAGCGUUGUCCUCCCGGAUGGUUCCAAGCGCCAUGGACGUACAGCACACUCCAUCGAUACCCCAGCGCCCAGCACCAAGGUCAACAAACGGUUGAAAAAAGAUCAGAACGACGAUAAGACAGCAAAGAAACGCCGACUUGCCUUGGAGAAGCAGCAGCAGCAGCUGCAACAGCUUGAAGACGACAUUGAAGACCGCAAUGCGCAGAGGGCAAUGGCAGUGAAGGCAGUCGCUGCUGUAGAGGACAAGAUACGUCGCAAAGAAAAAGAAGCCUUAUUAAAUGCCGAACACCCUCAUCUAUCAGCCAUGGAGACUUACCUCUCGCUCGCAGCCCCAACCAACCAAAAGGAUCACGACGACGAUUGCGCCGACGCUGCCGACAAUAAUGAGACAGCCAUCCCACCUCCAGAGUCCGACUUUUCGACCGAUUCUGAUGGUGCCAAUCUCAACCCAUUGAACCCGAUGGACGUCGAUGCUUCAGAGAAUGGCAGUUGCUAUUCAGAAUCGGAAGAGAACAGCUUUGACGAGCCUGACGACGACGACGACGACGACGAUGACGAGGGGUAUAAAGCCAAGUUCCUUGCUCUGCGCAAGAAGCUGAGAGAGAAGAAAAUGAAAGGUGCCCUCCGCGCUGAAGUUGACGGCCAGCGCAAGCUCAAGUCUCAUGCGCACUACAACCCAAAGCCAGCUCUGAAGGUACCAAUCGACAAGGGCAGUGAUGGGGGAGAGCAAGAAGAGAUGUCCACGUCACGGCAUGGCCAUGGGAAAUACCCUGCGAAGAAACCCACCAAAGAAGGUCUGAAGAAAGGGUGGGAGAAGUCGGCCAAGUUAAUUCCCGCCUCCACAGCAAUCAACAAUCCACCCAAGAACAAGCCUCUCCCCAAGCCCUCCGAUAAAGAGGACUGUAGCUCUGAUGAAGGAACCGCCGGCAUCCGCGAUGAAAUCCCACUGUCCACUCCGGCUGCUCGAAACCCAAAAGCGGUCAGUCUUAAACAAAAGAAAGGAACUCUCGAGAUGGGCAUUUCAAUCACUCCCGUCGACACCUCGUCCAAGGACAACACCAUCCAAGGAUCACGCAAGGGCCCCGAUGUCGACAAGAAGGCAAAGAAAGGGUACUCGAGUGAGGACCUACCUUUUGAAGGCGAAGAUCAGCUUGGUGGACUCAAGCUGUGGACCGACAAGGUUGUCCCCUCAGUCCUCAGCUGGGGUGGUAGCGAAGAGGACAUCUUCGGUGUUGCCAGCCUUCCAGGAUUCCAAGAGGUUGUGCAGGAGGCAUGGGACGAGCAAUUCCCCAAGAGUUCGACGAAUAAAGCGGUGUUUUCUGUGGCAACCACUGCAGUUCGCACAUGGCGUAGUACCUUUGGGAGGCGCGCAUUAACGAAACUCGGCGACUAUCUUCGUGAAGAACCGACCCUGCAAACGAAAGAAGCUCGAGUCAAAUGGAUCCGGGAUCAACUCACCAACAAUGUCUAUGUCUUCAAGGACCCAGAUGCCCAGUCCGGGAGCUAUCGUUCGCCUCUUCUUCUUCAAAUCUACGCAUACCACGAACAUAUUCUCGACAAAACGGACGAUUUCUAUGGACAUCCUGUUGGAGCAAUGGCGUUUGCAGCAACCGCGCUUGAGCGCGCUCUGACUCUCUGGAAGGAUGGUGUACCACCCGCAAAAUCCGAUGUCCGAAAUUUCGUUCGCGGCCUCUGGGGACCUCGUGUCGAACACCACGUCAAAUCCACUAAGCAAUUGACCAAGAAGAAGUGGGGGAAGAUUCGUAACGAAACCCUCAAGUACAUCACCGGUGCAGACAGCGACGGGGAAGACAACGCUGAGAAGGCUGAAGUACACCGUGGCGCCAAUACUGCGAUCGUUGUAUCAGAAGACGAGGAAUCAACAGACGACGAUUAA